UGUGAAUAAAGUUGGUUGAAUCCCGGCACCCUCUGCGUUGAGCAAUGGCGGUGCUGGGAGAGUUGUGAGGAGCAGGAUCACCUCCUUCUGUCGUCUCUGAGGCUCCUGUUUGCCCGCCGGGUAGGAAGCGGACUGCCAUGCGGGCGCUGAUGGUCGUUGUGUUAUUGGCGCUCUGCCGUCCCGGGCCGGUGUGCGGGGAACAACGUGGUGACGUCUACAUCAGUGAGACGUGGAACUCCUUCCAGAAUUAUGCGUUGUCGUUGUGGCACAUUAGAUUCUACAUCUACUCUUCUAUUGCUGUUGCCGUGGGAAUUUGGGCAGUUUUUGAGUUCCUGGCUAAGGCCAAUAACAAGCAGAAAGAAGUAGUAAAAGAAGUCUUAACUUCAAAUGUACCCAAAGAAUUGAUUCAAAAUGGACAUGUAGUCCAAGAAAAAAAAGAAAUCCAUGUUGCUGGUGUGAAGAUUUUCUUUGGUUCUCAGACUGGUACUGCAAAGGGGUUUGCCAACAUUCUUGCAGAUGCCAUACAGAAAGUUGGAUUACCUGUGGAAGUUAUUGAUCUGAAGGAGUAUGAUCCUGAUGAUAACCUGGUGAAUGAGAUUUCUAAUAAAACUCUGUGCAUAUUCAUGGUUUCCACAUACACUGAUGGGCAACCGACAGAAAGCGCAGCCUGGUUCUGUAAGUGGUUGGAAGAGGCAUCGCAUGACUUUAGAUACGGCAAAACUUACCUCAAAGGCUUGAGAUAUGCAGUAUUUGGAUUGGGCAAUUCUGUUUACACAAAUCACUACAACACUGUUGGUAAAAACGUUGACAUGUGGCUGUGGAUGUUAAGUGCCAGCCGUAUUAUGACUCGAGGCGAGGGUGAUUGCAAUGUGGUCAAGAGCAAGCUUGGCAGUAUUGAAGCAGAUUUCAGUGGAUGGCAAGCCAAGUUCUUAAGUAGACUACAUACACUUCAUAAGGGAGAUAAAGCAGACGAAAAAGAGUGUGAUGGUACCUGCCAAAAAGGGAGUUGCAAGUCUAAAGAGAAGAAGCACAAAGAAAAACCCAUUCCGGAUGAAGAACUGUCAGAAGGGACAAGGGAUCACAGUAGUGGAGAGGAAGAAUUGUUUGAGACAACAAGUGAGGAAGAAUCUGGGGUGGAAGAUGCCACAGAAGCUGCUUCUGUCAUUGAUGUAGAGGACCUGGGCACAAUAAUGAACAACAGGAAGCAAACAGAGAAGGAAGAAGUGAACAAAGAAACUGCAAAACUGAAGUUGUCAAAGCGUGCCAUGAGGAAAAAAGAAAAGGGAGAACCAAGAGAAAUGAUUACUCCAGCACUUAGGAGUGCUCUCUCAAAGCAAGGAUACCGCUUAAUAGGAAGUCACUCAGGUGUGAAGCUCUGCAGAUGGACCAAGUCCAUGCUUCGAGGUCGAGGUGGUUGCUACAAGCACACAUUCUAUGGAAUUGAGAGCCAUCGUUGUAUGGAGACAACUCCCAGUCUAGCUUGUGCCAAUAAAUGUGUCUUUUGCUGGAGACAUCAUACUAAUCCCGUCGGAACUGAAUGGCGAUGGAAAAUGGAUGAAGCCGAUAUGAUAUUAAAAGAAGCAAUUGAGAAUCAUCAGAACCUGAUCAAACAAUUUAAAGGUGUACCUGGAGUAAAAGCUGAACGUUUUGCAGAAGGCAUGGUGGUGAAACAUUGUGCAUUGUCAUUAGUAGGAGAGCCAAUCAUGUACCCAAAAAUCAACCAGUUUAUAAAACUGUUGCACCAUGAAAAAAUUUCCAGUUUCCUUGUAACAAAUGCCCAGUUCCCUGAGGAAAUCAGAAAUCUUGAGCCAGUUACUCAGCUCUAUGUCAGUGUGGAUGCAAGUACUAAAGACAGCCUCAAGAAAAUUGAUCGCCCUCUCUUUAAGGACUUUUGGUCACGAUUUCUUGAAUCCCUGAAAGCAUUAGCAGAUAAGAAGCAACGCACAGUGUAUAGGUUAACAUUGGUAAAGGCUUGGAAUGUGGAUGAACUUCGAUCAUAUGCUGAUCUGAUAGAAGUUGGGAAACCCGACUUCAUUGAAAUUAAAGGUGUGACUUAUUGUGGUGAAAGCUCAGCAAGUAAUUUGACAAUGGCAAAUGUUCCUUGGCACGAGGAGGUUGUUUAUUUUGUCCAGCAGUUGGCAGAUCUUCUGAAAGACUACGAAAUUGCAUGUGAACACGAGCAUUCAAACUGCCUCCUCAUAGCGCACAAAAAGUUCAAAGUAAAUGGAGAAUGGUGGACUUGGAUAGACUAUGACCAAUUUCAACGCCUCAUCAAAGACUCUGAGGAGAGCAAUGGCACCAAGAUAUUCUCUGCAGAAGAUUACAUGGCAAAGACACCAGCCUGGGCACUCUUUGGAUCUAAGCAGAGGGGUUUUGAUCCGACCGAAAUCCGGUUCCAAAGGAAAAAGUUGAAAGAUAUUUCCGGAUGCUGAAACUAGAAUUCACCUCUUUCUCUCUCCACAGAUGCUGCCUAAUUUGUUGAGCAUUUUGUCUUUUUAUUCUAAUCAGACUUAUUUAUGGCAUCACGGAAUGGAAGAGACAACAUGCACAGUUUUUACUGUUCUUUGGAGCAGCUAUGUGCUAGAAGUGAAAGAGAUUUUAGUUUGAAACUAUACUGAAAAGACUUACCUGUACAAGAAUGUAGAAAAGGACCUUGCAUGCAUCAUGAUCAGGUGAUGCAGCAUGUCCUUCAGCCAAAGAGCUGGCAAUUGACAAGGUCAUAUAAAAAUGGAACUAAUAUAAUUGGGUAAAUCUUGUGUUCUUUUUUCUUGGGUUUUAUUUUUAUUCAGUUUUCCAAUUGUGGCCAAUUUCCCAGAGAACUAUCUUCAUCAGAGUCCUUAUUGAUUUUUUUCUUGGUUACCAGCUCCAGCACAGACUGGCUGCCUGGGUGAGGGUGAUCAUUCUCUCACUCCCUUCAUAGAAAGUUGUCCGUCAUGUAUAUGACAGAAAGGCGGUAUGGCAGACAUUAUUGGAUCUUAAAUCUGUGGAACUUUCAUAAUCAAUGUUCUUUUAUCUAAUUUUGACCCCUUGUGCCAGAACCUGCCUGACGUGGCUUGAAGAAUGGGAAUGUCUGAGACGGAGAUGCUCCUAGCUGUGCUCCUGGCUAUAUACUGUGACAACAAGGAGUAAAUUUAGUAUCUCGGAGGAAGCCUAAAAAAAUGAAGAUGUUCCAUUACUUAAAAACCAGGUUUUGAUUGUGUCAGUUAUAGAAGCCAAAUGUUAGUGUUGGAAUAAAAAAGGAAGAUGCUGAUGCCCUCAGUUGGAAAAACAGUCCUGAAAUGAAAACUGUUUGUCAUUCCACAAAUGUUUCCUGACCUGCUGAGUGUUUCAAACGUUUUCUGUUUUUAUUUCGGAUUUCUAGCAUCUAGAUUGAUUUAAAUUUUCUUUUGCUGUUGGAAUAUCAACUCCACUGUUGUGGCAGUGAAUGUUUUGACCUCUUACUUCUUUGCCUUAUCAUAAAUUGAUGAGUGUAUAUGGAAUUUGAUAAUAAAUUUUGUUACACCACU